UUAAAUAAUACAAAAAAUAAUAUAAAAUAUUAAUUAAAAAUCUAAAUUCUAAAAAAACUAUUAAAUUAAAUGUCUUCUUCUUCAUUCUCUGAAAUCAAAAAGUUUUUUGAAGCUAGCAAUUGUUCUGAGUGCUCAAAAAAAUCAAGAUGUUUAGGGAAAAUUGAAUAUAUUUGCACUCACAUUCUUUGCAAAGAUUACCUUUAACUUGUCUGCAAGUCUUGCCAUGAAGAAUAUCACUAAUAGAAGCUCUAUUCUUCCAAUAAGAAAUAUAUCAAGCCUAUUGCUGAUUUCCUUGAAGACCUUUACUAUCAUGUUAAAGUUUAAAGUGAUAAAUAUGAGCUGAUAAAAGUUAUUGGUAAAUCUGCUUUUACCUUAUUGCCUGAUAAUUACUAAAAUCAAGAAGAAAUAUUUGCCCUUUUGAAAGACUUAGAAAAAGAUAUCACAGUAAAUUAAUUAAAGUUCUAUAAUGAGCUCUUUGAAUGUAUUAAUAAUGUUUUCAUGGCAGAAACUUAAUCUGAAUAAAUUGUCAAUCUUAAAAAGAUUAAAUAAAAUAUCUCAUAUGACUGCUGCUCAUAGUUUUCAAUCAUAAAUUGCCCUCCUUUUGAGGAUUUCGAAAUGCUUUUCUGCAAUAAACUUAAGGAUUCUAUCUCUAGAAAAAGUAUCACUGCUUAGAUGAUCUAGAAUUUCAUCAAUCAAAGAUAAAAAAAGCUCUCUAAUUUCAAGUCUUCAUAAAAUUCUUAAAAAAGUUAAAUUCUAAAUAAAGUUAGCGAAAUUCACUAAGAAUGUCUUAAGGAUAGAAAAGAACAUUGUAAAGGAGAUAACAGAAGUUCUCUAUCUUCUAUUGAAGAUCCUUGUAUGUGUGAUGAAAAAUCUCCCUCAUGUGAUGAGUGUAUUGAUGCAUUUGAAUUUUACAAUAAAAAAUUAGAAUAAGUUUUCUGA